GCUGCCUCGGAGGGACAGGCAGGAAAGGACUAAGUCUCCGUUGAAAAAAGCCAUAACAUGUAUGGAGUCAGAUAGAGAAGUUUUGAUAUUAACACGUAUGAUCCUGAAGAAAACCAGCAAAGUGGAGCCUGUGGCAAGAGAGGUGUGUCUAUUGCGCAAUCAUUCGCAUACUCACAGCUUGGAGAAAGAGUGACUUGUACAGGCGGGGCUGAGCAGGGUCAAAGGGCGCUGCCCAAGAAAUGUGUGUAUAUCAUAACUAUGAUAAAGAGGUUGAAUUAAUGAAGACUGUUAUAUUUCUAAGAGAACAAUAAUUUAACCAUUUGAUAAAAAAUGUGUAAGAAAUGUUUUAUAAAACAAAUCAAGAACAAAGAUUCAAUGAAUAAAAUGAUCAAAGUAAACUGCAAAAAGCAAGAACAAAUGUGGUAAAAAAGUAUCUUACAUGCUGUUCUCUGAACAUUACAGAUGCUGAUCAGGGCAUUUGGAUCCCUGUUGCUUGAAAACUGAUAGAAGGAGUAGAAAUAAAACUGUUGACUGUAAUAAAAUAAAAAGAAAGAACAAUGAGUGUCUCCAUUACUGUCAGCUGUACAUUUGCCUUGUUCAACAAACAACUCAUUUACAUUCACACAUUAAGGAAGAUACAGGAAUGAAUGUAUGCAAGUGGCAUAUGUAUAUAAACUGGCCAGUAACACUCAUAUCCUUAAGUUUAGAUCUGCCUGUUCCAUCCCAAACGCAUCAUGAGUGUGCCAAAAAGACCGGUAGAGGGAGGAGCCAGAGCUAUCCUGUCGCCUGACCAGACCGUGCCAGCUGGGCCUCCGCGCGUGACCGCCCAGGAGGUCCUCAGCCUCCAACAUCCUCUUCUCCGAGAGCGUCUCCUCGAGAUGAACAGGAAAUGGGCUAAGCGCACUGCCAAGAUGACACCAUCAUGGCCGGAGCACGGGACCUUCGAUCUAAGCCUCUGCAACGACAUGAGGGUCCUGGUCGCCAAUCACGGCCAUUCUGGAUCGGUCAAGGAAAAACUCAGAAAGCAGAAGGAGGAAGCUGGAGUUCUGAAGCUGUACGAACAACAAGGACAAAACUAUUGUGACACAGUUAAGGCUUGCCUGCUUGCAGCCAAAACUGAUCAUGGGACUCUAGAUAGAGCCUCCCCUCCCCCAUAUGAUAAAGAGAAGAGCAGCUCUGCCCCACCCAGAAAUACCUUGUAUGCGGGUGAGGCAGAGAACCCAAGGUCUUCAUCCAUCUUCAUGGCCCGGUCCACGACCCCGAACUAUUGUGACACAGUUAAGGCUUGCCUGCUAGCAGCCAAAACUGAUCACGGGACUCUAGAUAGAGCCUCCCCUCCCCCAUACGAUAAAGAGAAGAGCAGCUCUACCCCACCCAGUAAGACCUUGUUUGCGGGUGAGGCAGAGAAGCCAAGGUCUUCAUCCAUCUUCAUGGCCCGGUCCACGACCCCAGACCCUCCCCUUGCCCAGAACCCCGUCCAACCCCUCCCAAGCAGAGAAGCGGGCCAGGGAAGGCCAGUCCACGACAGAAGGCCUCCUUCAUACUUUCAAGCACCCAUCCUGGUCAGAGGAACUCAGAUGUAUUAUGUGCCCUGGACAUGACUGGUUUAAUUGCUCGGCUCUCCAAUCCAUAUGAGGGAGCGAGUAGGUGGAUUAAGGCGUUCGAGCAAGAGACACUAGGCCACAACAUAGCCAACGGAGACAUCAAAAUUAUCCUAGGGUGCACCUUAGGAACGGGAGGCUUGAGUGACGUCAUGCAUUCACAGCAUCUGGCCGAUAUCCUAGAUUCACAUGCAGGAGACGGAGAUCUCUUUAAUGCAAUCCGCACAGAUGUCUGGGAAAGUCUGAGAACCCUCUUUCCGGAUCAGGUGAGUCUGGACAUGCUCACUGGGGAGACAAUUGAGUCAUCUGAGCCACCAAUGGCGUUCAUCCACAAAACCUUGGGAAAAUGGAGAGCUGAACUGGGAAAAAAUCCAGAAGACGAGGUCCUGCAACAAGCCAUGUUUCGACAAGGGGUCGUCCGAGGCCUGACGGAGACUGUUCAGGGGCGGUUGGCAGAUGUAGUGGGUCUCUAUUCCAUGCCUUUUUCCCAGUUUUGCGAACACAUCACCCAUGCCGUGUUAAGAGAAAGGAACAAUGAAAACAAAAGGCUGCAGAGUGACCGAGAGGAUGCGCGGAAGCUGAACAAACUCCAACUCAGGUCCGGCCUACAAGCAGUACUCGUCGCUCCCCCUACUGCCUACAGUCAAAAUAGACAGUGAGAGAGCGAGCCAGAAGGGCUGGCGCUGGGCCUAGUUUCCCAGUAGCCGUUGCCCUUCGAGAGAUGACGUAAGAAGCAGGAGUCACCUCUCUACAGGCCAAACUGAAAUGGACUGAGGGGGGGAGAAAGCAUUCACGGAUAUCAAACUGAGUCUACAACAGGCACCAGUUCUGGCCCUCCCGAACUACGAGAAACCCUUCUUCCUGUAUGUAUCCAACCGCACACACCACACCACUGCAAUGUUGACACAGUCCUCUAGCGGAGGGUGGAAGCAACCCCUUGCGUACUAUUCAUGUGAACUAACACCAGUUGAGGCAGCCUUGCCGCCAUGGUAUCAAGGUUUAAGCCGUAAUACAUCACAUGUAUGAGAAGGCAUCAACACUCACCAUGGGCUAUCCAAUCACAAUUUACACACACCACAAAAUUGCGAAUCUUGUUGAACGGGGUAAAUUUCGGUUGACGGAGGCACGGGUUUAGGAGAUUUAAAGAAGAGGUAAAAAUAUUAUAAAUAUGUGAAGGAAUAUGAAGAAUUUGGGUUGUCACUGACUAACAUAUUUUUUCUAUCCCUU